CAUCAAAGUUUGAGGACAGAAACAGAAUCCCUCAAUGCAUGUAAUUUCCUUGUACCAUUGCAAAGUUACUUCUUACUUUCUUCAUGUUUAUGAGUUCUGACUGUGAAAAAUGAAUGUUUCUCAAGAAACUGGCAGAUUCCUUCAGCUUCUAAAAGCAUUGCUGCUCCAAUUAAUCUGCCUUUUAGCUGUAACAAGAAACUCAAGUGCAAUAUGUAUUGAAAGAGAAAGGCAAGCUCUUCUCAGCUUCAAGAAAGGCCUUGUUGAUCCUGAUGAUUUUCUUUCCUCAUGGAAAAGUUCAGAAAAAGAUUGUUGCAAAUGGAGAGGGGUCACUUGCAACAACCAGACUGCUCACAUCAUCAAGCUCGAUCUUCGUCCUGUGAUUACAUACUCCAGUGAUAUUGGCAUUAGUUGUGAACCUCUCGUGGGUGAGAUAAGUUCUUCCUUGCUUGAGUUACAGUACUUGAAUCACCUUGAUCUUAGUUACAACGUGUUCCCUGAUAUCCCAGAUUUCAUAGGUAGUCUCAUACAAUUGAGAUAUCUAGACCUCAGUUACAUUGGGUUUACUAGAAUUCCUAAGUCCAUUGGUUCACUUGCCCAGCUGGAGUAUCUCAACAUUUCUUUCAAUAGAUUCAAUGGAACUCUUCCUUCUCAGCUUGGGAAUCUAUCCAGGCUGCAUUAUUUUGAUCUCAGUUUCAACAUGGAUCUGAUGGUUGUUGAUAACUUUGAAUGGAUUUCUCAUCUUUCUUCCUUGCUUCACCUCAAAAUGAGUCAAGUUGAUUUCAGUAAAGCUGUGAAUUGGCUCCAAUCAAUUAAGCUGAAUCCAUCCCUCUUGAGCUUAUACUUUGAUGCAUGCCAAUUUCCUGAAGUUGAUUCUUCAUCUUUUUCUCUUGGUAACUUCUCAAAAUCUCUUAGAGUAAUCCAUUUCUCUGGAUGUACCUUCCAUCCUUCAUCACUUCCUCUUCUGAUCAAUAUGAGUAGUAAAACUGUUGAUCUUUCGCUGUCUGAUAACCAGCUUAAAGGCCUCAUUCCAGAUUCUUUCUGGGGUUUGAAUUCACUCCAACAUGUUGAUUUCUCUUGGAAUCAACUUGAAUGGCCAAUUCCGAAAUCUUUGGGGAAUCUAUGCAGCUUAAAAUCAUUGACUCUUUCAAAGAACAAUCUAGCAGGAUCAGUGCAUGAUCUACUGCUAGGCCUGACUGGAUGCACAAUGAACUGCCUGGAGAUCCUGAGGUUGAAUGAUAAUAAGCUAACCGGAUCCUUGCUAGAUAUAGCAAGAUUUCCAGCCUUGAGAGUGUUGAAUCUUGAUGAUAAUCAGCUAGAAGGCUUUUCCCCAUACACUUUUGGCCAUUUAUCUCAGCUUGCUGUAUUGAAAUUGGCAAGAAACAAACUAACAGGAUCAUUGCCUGAAAGUAUAGGUCAAAUGUCAAGCCUGAAGCUCUUAGACAUUUCCUCAAACGGUUUGGAUGGUGUCAUCUCUGAAGCCCACCUGCUCAACCUCUCCCAAUUGUCACAGUUGGAUUUAUCCUUAAACUCACUGAGUCUGAGUUUCAGCUUCAACUGGAUUCCUCCUUUUCAACUAGAUUACAUAAAAAUGAGAUCCUGCCAGUUAGGACCUGAAUUUCCCUGGUGGCUACAACGGCAAACCAAAUUUUCUCAUCUUGACAUCUCCAAUUCUAACAUUUCAGAUAUCAUUCCAAGCUGGUUUUGGUUCUUGCCUCCCAAUCUAAGGUACUUAAAUCUUUCCUUCAAUAGUAUAAGUGGAAAGGUGCCAAAUCUACCGUUGAAGUUCAAUUCCUUUCCGGGAAUUGAUCUAAGCUCCAACUUGUUCUAUGGCUCAUUACCACCAUUCCUUUCUAAUACAACAGUGUUGAAUCUCUCCAAAAACAAGUUCCAAGGAUCUCCAUCUUUCUUAUGUACUGUCAAUGACAGUGUUCUGAGCUAUCUUGACCUUUCUAAUAAUUUGUUAUCCGGCAGACUUCCUGAUUGUUGGAUGAACUUAAGAAAUUUGAUUGUUCUCAAUUUGGAGGAUAAUGAUUUCUCUGGCACAAUCCCAAGUUCCAUGGUCUCCCUAGAGAGACUUCGAUCAUUUCGUGUAAGGAACAAUAGUUUUUCUGGAGAAUUAUCACCAUCCCUGAGAAACUGCCCUAAACUAACAGUUUUAGAUUUGGGGGAGAAUAAUUUUUCUGGAGCAAUUCCACCAUGGAUAGGGGAAAACCUAACAAGUCUUGUUGUUCUUCGUCUAAGAUCAAAUGAGUUCUUCGGGAAGAUACCUCCAAGUUUGUGUCAACUUGAAUAUCUUCAAGUGCUGGAUAUUUCCGUGAACAAUGUAUCAGGAGCCAUUCCUUCCUGCCUCAACAAUCUAACUGCCAUUGCUCGAAGAGGGAGCUCGUAUAUAUCCACCUCGUAUUUUGUCUACUACUUUGACACCUCUUUUGAUGGAAAUGGUGAUUCUAUCGUGAAAAUUGGGGCUGAUUAUCUUGAUCAUGCAUCAAUUGUAUGGAAAGGAUGGGAGCAUGAAUAUGGCAAGACCCUUGAACUGUUGAAGAUCAUUGACCUUUCAAGCAACAAAUUAACUGGGGAAAUCCCUAGAGAAGUUACCACUCUUCAAGGCUUGAUCACUCUAAAUCUAUCAAGGAACACGCUUGCUGGAAGCAUUCCUUGGGAGAUAGGUAAAUUGGUUGUGUUGGAAUCUCUUGACUUGUCAACCAAUCACCUUUCUGGGGAAAUUCCCAGGAGCUUGGCAGAUUUAUAUUUCCUCAGUGUGCUAGACUUGUCGAAAAACAACUUGUCCGGAAAAAUCCCGUCAAGCACUCAGCUGCAGAGCUUCAAUGCUGCUUCAUAUAUCGGAAAUCCAGAACUGUGUGGAGCCCCAUUGAAGGACUGCCCUAAGGAUAACACGGUGGAGCAACCAAACUCCGGUGGCAAUGAGGAAGAAGAAUGGUUUGAACGUUUGUGGUUUUACUUUGGCAUGGGGGCUGGAUUCAUUGCAGGAUUCUGGGCAGUUCUUGGGACGUUACUAUUGAGUCGGUCAUGGAGGUUUGCAUAUUUCCAGUACUUACACAAGAUCGGAGAUUGGAUCUGCUUGACUAUAGCACUGAAGAUGGAUAAAUUUCAAAGAAGGCUUAGAAGCUAAACUUCAAAUUUAUCCUUUCACAAAAAUAUGUUUAACUAGUACUGUUCUGUUCACAAAAAGAAGUCAUUAUAUUACUGCUUUGUUGCAUCCUGCUUAAUAAAGUUUGCAUUAUUCU